AUCACUGUCAACAUGUCUCACACUCCGCGCUUUUGCGCAUUACAGGCGUUCCUGCCGCUUUUCCUGCUGUCAACCACAGCCUUGCUCCCUGGUGAACCCGAAUGCCCUUCCAGCCCGAUACCACUGACGCCGCUCUGCUAUCAACCGCACUACCCCUACUGUACUGCUCCGCUCGUCAUCUCCGCCUUCUGCGCAUCAUCCAAGUCUACGAUGACGUCACCAACCACAGUCGAUAUAAGAAGGCACCAGUGCGACAGUUUCUUCAGUGGGCGCGGGACCAUCACUGUCAACAUGUCUCACACUCCGCGCUUUUGCGCAUUACAGGUGUGUAACGCUUUUUCCAUGUAUGCCAGAAGGAGCGACGACCGUUUCCUAUUAUUGUUCCCGCGCCCACGAGUGCUCCGUGAUAUUGCUGUUGAUUGUUUUUCAAUGGGUGUUUUAUUACUAUGCUCUGGAGAUAUCGAGUCGAACCCAGGUCCCCCGACUCGUUCUCAGUCCCUGGCUGAACUGCAGUCCUUGCCUGACGAGCCAGGCGAACAGAUGAAAGUCAUAUUUCAUAUUCUAAAAGAUCUUCAGGCUCGAUCCGUGCAAGCUGCAAAAAGCCAGUCCGAUAUGGUCACUGACAUUAAAGCCAUCAAAGCCAGUCAAAAAAAUAUCGAAAUCAAAAUUGGCGCCAUCGAAAAAAGACUAGAUGACCUAGAAGAUAAAACGGACUCACUUGACCAAAUUGAUCACGAAAUAGCCACCAUCCAGACCUCGCUACACCUAAUUCUUGAUACUUGUUCAAUGGCGGAUUGCAUUUUCCUAGACUACUCCAAAGCUUUCGAUAAAGUGUCUCACAAACUGCUACUUCACAAACUACAGCUCAUGAACAUUGACCCCAAACUUCUUGCUUGGAUUGAGUGUUUCCUUAAAAACCGCUCGCAAUACGUGUCAGCUAAUAAUCUUAACUCCCACUCAAACCCUGUCCAUUCCGGCGUCCCACAAGGCUCUGUCCUCGGGCCUCUUCUUUUUCUAAUCUACAUCAACGACUUGCCUUCUUCUGUUUCCUCUCAUAUCCAUUUAUUUGCGGAUGACUGCGUAAUCUUCAGAGAAAUAACAAGCAGUGACGAUGUAACCGCUCUUCAGACUGACCUGAACGCUAUUUCAUUGUGGUGUAAAACAUGGCUAAUGGAACUUAACAUCACAAAAUGUAAAUCUCUUCGUGUAUCAAGAACUUGCAACAGUAUCCCCACUUAUUCCUUGGAUCAUGUCCUCUUAGAAUCGGUAAGCUCAUACAAGUACCUUGGUGUACACAUCACUUCCACUCUCACUUGGUCUGCACAUAUCACAUUCAUAAUUAACAAUGCUAAUCGUAUGCUCGGUUACAUCCGCCGCAACUUUUCUAAAGCGCCAUCAUCCCUCAAACUACUGUUGUACAAAACAUUAAUACGUCCGAAACUAGAGUACGCCGCAUCCAUCUGGGACCCUCAUCAUGAAAACCUAAUACAUUCACUAGAAAUGGUCCAAAAUAACUCGGUUCGCUUCAUUCUUUCCAACUAUAACAGGACCGCUAGCAUAUCUUCAAUGAAAUCAAGCCUUAAUCUACCAUCCCUAGCCUCACGUCGCAAAGCGUUUCGUAUCUGUCUGUUCCAUAAGAUGUUUCAUCAUCCACACCUGCGUAGCGAAUUAAUCCCUCCCCCACGUCACCUAUCAUCUCGAUUAGAUCAUGCCUACAAGGUCGGUGUUCCAUUUUGUAGAACUAACGCUUUCUUCCAGUCAUUUAUACCUCGUACAGCAGCAGAGUGGAAUCGCCUUCCCGCACUGACAGCCACCAUCAAAGAUUACCAGCUUUUCAAGAACGCCUUAGCUAAUAUUGUAUGA